AUUUCCCAAUUUCACUUCAACUCACAGAAAUAAGACCUGAACAACAACGGUCUCUCUGUCAGAAGAAAAAUUGUACGACGUCAAUAGAGAAAGCUCCUCGUCCGUCCACUUCAAUCAAAAUGUCCAAUCAAAUCCCUACAUCAAUGAAAGCAUGGCUGUACAACAGUACAACCGGCGGUCUUAAGAAAAACAUCCACCUCGACACAUCCCGAAUUCUCCCCUCGCCAAGCCCCCAGGAGGUUCUUGUUCAGGUGCUUGUCGCAUCCCUCAACCCAGCAGACUACAAAGUUCCCACUAUCGCGUUUGGCCUAGCUGCAAAGCUGAUAAUCGGUCUACCCGCAUCGCCGGGGAUGGACUUCUGCGGACGCGUUGUGGCGACGGGUUCGGACGUGACACAAUUUGAAGCCGGCCAACUCGUCUUUGGGUGCCAUAGUCGUCCUGUUAAAUUUGGGUCCCUGGCCGAGUACAUGACUGUAUCAGCAGGGUUGAUUGCGGCCUUACCAAAUUGCGUGCGCGUGAGAGAUGCGGCUUCGAUUGGGAUCGCAGGCCAGAGUGCGUUGCAAUCAUUAAGUGGCUAUGUGAAAGCGGGCGACAAGGUGUUUAUUAACGGUGGUUCCGGGGGCUGUGGAUUAUUUGCAAUUCAGAUUGCGAAGAAUAUAGGAUGCUACGUUACAACCACGUGCUCGACAAGGAAUGUGGAGCUAUGUCGUGCAAUGGGGGCGGACGACGUCAUCGAUUAUACCUCUGAAGAGGAUUUGGUUUCUACGCUGCGAAAACGAGGAGUGAUUUAUGAUCACAUUCUCGAUCAUGUCGGACUUCCUUAUGAUCUUUACUUCCAGUGUCACCACUUCCUGAAGCAUGGGGGAGUAUUUGUACAGGUUGGGGGAUCAAGCAGAUCUAUGUUUAUGGGAAGGGCUGGAUGGCCAUCUUUUUGCGGUGGUGGGAAGAGAAGAUAUCAGAUCUUCUUCUUUGCUAACACGCAAGAGCAUGUUGUCGCCAUUGGUGAUAUGUUGCAAAAGGGAACCUUGAAGGUGAAUGUGGAUAGCGAGUAUAGCUUUGAUGAUGCUGAGAAGGCAUUUGACAGGCUAUGUUCAGGGAGAGCUAGAGGCAAGGUACUGAUUCGCGUGGCUGAACCAUGAUAAAGAUUUAUUGCGCUCAAAUCAUUUGAUCAAUUUUUU